CCUGCUCUUUAUCUGCAUCCAGGGAGGGGAGUUCUGCCGCCCGGGCGCAACAUGUAGUAAGAACCCUUGCCCUCCGAUACAUCAGGCUCCAAGACCAGAGAGAAACCAAAGAAGAUGCAUAGGAAUUCCCAGCUCUAUUUAUCUCCUCAAGCAUCUCCGCGCCGACGUCACUUGCUGUCCGGCGAGCGGCGUCAGAACCUCCCAACUAUGCCAAUAAACAAGCCCGAGCGCGCCGAACGUUCUUAUCGUCACCCGGGGUGACCACAUCCUCCCAUCUCGAUGAGAAAUAAGAAAUCGCGAACUACCCCGUCCGCGUGAUCCACUCGCAGAAGAAGAGGAAGAGGGCGGAGGCGGCCAACGAGACGCCAUCUCGAAUUCCGAUCGAUCGGUGAAAUAGAGAGGGGAAAAAAAUUAUCAACAAAGAAAGGAAAGAGGAAGAGGGGAGAAUACGCGAUGCCGGUGUUCAAGACGCCGUUCAACGGGUACGCGGUCCGGUUCAGCCCCUUCUACGAGGGGCGGCUCCUGGUGGCGACGUCCCAGAACUUCGGCAUCCUGGGCAACGGCCGCCUCCACGUGCUGGACAUCGACCCCGCCUCCGGCGCCAUCGCGGAGCUCCGGUGCUUUGAGACCGCCGACGGCAUCUACGACUGCGCCUGGUCCGAGUCUCACGACAGCCUGGCCGUCGCCGCCGUCGCCGACGGCUCCGUCAAGCUCUGGGACGCCUCCCUCCCCCCCGCCGCCAAUCCCGUCCGCUCCCUCCAGGAGCACUCUCGCGAGGUCCACUCCGCCGACUGGAAUCCCGUCCGCCGCGACUCCUUCCUCACCGCCUCCUGGGACGACUCCGUCAAGCUCUGGACCCUCGACCGCCCCUCCAGCGUCCGCACCUUCUGCGAGCACUCCUACUGCGUCUACGACGUCGCCUGGAGCCCCCGCCACGCCGACGUCUUCGCCUCCGCAUCCGGCGACCGCACCGCCCGCGUCUGGGAUGUCCGCGACCCCCGAUCCACCCUCGUCCUCCCCGCCCACGACCACGAGAUCCUCUCCUGCGACUGGAACAAGUACGACGAGUGCUCCCUCGCCACCGCGUCCGUCGACAAGUCCGUCCGCGUCUGGGACGUCCGUGUCCCUCGCGCCCCCGUCGCCAACCUCGCCGGCCACGGUUACGCCGUCCGGAAGGUCAAGUUCUCCCCCCACCGAGAGAGCAUCCUCUUGUCCUGCUCCUAUGACAUGACCGUGUGCAUGUGGGACUAUCGGGCGGAGGAUGCCCUGAUCGCGAGAUACGACCACCACACCGAGUUCGUGGUCGGGGUGGACAUGAGUGUGCUAGUUGAAGGACUGCUUGCUAGCACCGGGUGGGACGAGCUGGUAUAUGUCUGGCAGCACGGGACCGACCCCAGAGCGAUGCCUUGAGAAAGAUGAUUUCUGUCCAAUAAAUUCGAUGAUGAUGCAAUUUGAGAAAGGGGGAUAGUUGAACUGAUGGGAAUUCCGGUUUGGUGGAACAAUUUUUGUUCAUAGUAGCAAAGGAAAGAAGAAAAUUUGGUCUCGGAACGGAAGGAGGGAGAGAGCUUCUGCGAUUCUGUAAGGGUAUGCUGUUCUUGUUUUUCUUGUUGUGAUGCUGUCUGAAAAAAUAAUAGCUUGGGCUUGCAUCUUUCUCUUCCUUUCUCAUAAACCGAGCAAAUAAAUUUUCGAUUGAUUUUUCCUGUUGUAAUACUAUAUUAUGAUGGCGAUCCUGUUUCUUGCUCUUUGG